AUGCUGGCCAGGGAUGCCGCGUGCGGCCCAUCGGCUCCGUCGGUGUUCGGCUCGGCUGCGUCCCAAUCCCACCUCUGCUCGUCGCAAAAUGUGAUUCUGGCAAAUGGGUUCAAAGCAUCAGUCACCUUAGGGGGCGACGGUCUCGAGUCCGGUGUUGCGGCUGCGCCAUCCGUCCGUCCGUCCACCUGGGAAGCAGGCUCCAAAUCGACGCACCUCCGCAACGGGUGCCUCCCCCUCAUCCACCUGCUCUUCAAUCCCUCAUCCUCACCCCUCGCAUCUCCGCUUUUCUCUUUUCUUCUCCUUCCUCUCCUCAUCCUCAUCAUCCACUUCUGUGGCGCCAUCCCAGCAAACAAUCCUUUGCACCCCGCCACAUCAGACGAGCCCGUCAGCUCAUCACGUCCGCCCGACACCGCCUACAGCUUUCUGGGCUUCCUGCAUCUUCCACAUCGGCUUCCGCAUUACAUUGCAUCGACCAAGGUUUGGGCGCCGCUGCGCAAUGGUGUCAUUGGGCCCUUGGUCGAGACCAGCCGACUGGCUCGUCGGUGCCUGGCUGCUGCUGUCGCCGUACAACCUUCUCUUACCUUCGGGAAGCUGCCCGAGCCAGCAUGCCGAAUCCUCCACACGAUCUUGUGCGUCGUCGAUUGCUUUGCAGCUGUGCGGCUCCAACUGCAACUGUCGCCAACGCUGGCCGAGCCUCGAUCGGUAGCUUGCUCCGAUCUUCUCGGCGGUCUCAUCCAAAGAUCGAGCAGCCACAUCAUCCCGCCGCCGCUCGCUCGCAUGCCGUGUUGCCGAGCAGCAUGGCUUGGCUUGUUUGGGCACAUCGGCAUUGCAAUUUGGCUGCUACGAUCGGCCUUCGAAUUGCGAGCACAAAUGAGCUCUAAAUUGCCACUCCGGCUCCCACUCGCCGUCACGCCUCGAUCGUGCUUAUCCACACCGGAUGCCACGCUCCUGGUCGCCGUCGAUCCGGUCGCAUCAACCUCGGCUGGCUGCCUUCCAAAUUUGGCAGACUCGUACCAAGUCGUAUCUGUCUCCACAUCUUGGUUCCUUCUGUUCUCGGAAGCGCUCAUCCGCCCUCCCUUGCCACACUGGUCAAUCGGCGUGCUCGUCGGCCACCCCUCCGCUGUCUGCUUUCCACAGAUUCCGUUCCCGCCUUUGUCCUUUCCCUCCUCGCCGCCGUGGAGUUCGAUGCAAGCGCAUGAAACUGACGCCCUGCCUUCUUCCUCUUUCCAUCGCCACCCUCGCCCGACAUCCUCUCUUAACCGUCGCAUCCACGUCCGAUACCGCCUAAUCCCCUCGACAUCCAUCACAUCGUCUCCUCGCCGCUACCUACGCCCUCUUCACCGCCAUACCGCCGUUCCGACCACAGAAGGUCAGAUUGCACCUUCCGCCCCCUCACAUUUGUUACCGGCCCAAAGGCACUCCCUUUCGGCUCCUGAGAGCUUCUCAGCAGCUCGGUUCUUGCAUGCGUUUGCCAACCACUCCUUCCACUCGCUGUUGAAGGUCGUCGAGGCGCACGGCUUCACCUCCCCAUUCGUAGCGUGA